UGGAAGCUCAAUCAUUAGAGAGAGCUCUGUUUCCCUCAGCCCAGCCCCCUCACCUCCCUCCCUCUCUCUCUCUCUUCCCCCAAAAACCUCCAUAACUCAAACAGGUCCCUUCUCUCUCUCUCUCUCUCUCUCUCUCUCUACAAUUUCCACACCAAGCAAACAAAACGUACACAGUCUGUGUGUACCAUAAACCCAGCUAAAUACCGUCAAUUUCUUCCAUGUCUAAUUCCGAAGCGCCCAAUAACGAGCUCACUAACGGCGGCGGAGGAGGAGGGAUGGUGGAGCAGCAGGCGUCGCAGAGGCCGUCUAGUAACGGCGUCUUGUCCGUGAAGAAGCCGCCUUCGAAGGACCGCCACAGCAAGGUCGACGGGCGAGGCCGCCGCAUCCGCAUGCCCAUCAUAUGCGCCGCACGUGUGUUCCAGCUCACACGUGAGCUCGGCCACAAGUCCGACGGCCAGACCAUCGAGUGGCUCCUCCGCCAGGCCGAGCCCUCAAUCAUCGCUGCCACCGGAACUGGCACCACCCCCGCCUCCUUCUCCACCGUCUCCGUCUCCCUCCGCGGCGGCGCCCCCUCCUCCGCCCCCUCUUCCACCACCACCUCCGACCAUAAGCCUCACCUCCUCGGCGGCCCCACCCCCUUCAUACUAGGCAAGCGCGUCCGCGGGGCCCACGACGACGACAACGGCAACCACAACCACAGCCACGACGCCAAGGACCCCUCCGACCACGCCAACGACGGAGCCGUCUCCGUCGUCGGCCACUCCAUGGCCUCCAUGCUUGGCCCCACCGCGGGGGGUCCUGGCGGCUUCUGGGCCCCGCACUUCGGGCAGGUCUGGAGCUUCGCUGCCACCCCGCCGCCGGAGAUGAUGGCCCAGUCGGCAGUUUCCCACCAGCAACACCAGCAGCAUCAGCAGCAACAGCAUUCGUUGUUCUUACAGCAACAGCCGAUGGGCGAGGCCUCCGCGGCCAGAGUGGGAAAUUACCUUCCAGGACAUCUCAAUUUGUUGGCUUCUUUGUCGGGCGGGCACGGGAAUUCUGGUCGGAGAGAAGACAACCCGCGUUGAAGACCCGGAUUAUAGACCGUCGGUUUCUGGUGGUUGGUUCGUGCUGGUGGUGGUGUGCUUUGUUGGUAUAUAUAAAUAUGUGUAUGUCUCUGUUUUGCCUUUUUUGUUGUGUGUUUUAGGGGAGAAGUGAGGGAGUUGAAGUUCUUUUGAUUUUGAUUAAAUUUCUUGUAGUUGAUUUUUAAGGUUAGAAUUUAACUAGCUUUGGCUGGCUGGAAGAAGAAGAAUAAGGGGUUUGUGCAAAUUUGUGAAUUUGAAGCAAUGUAUUCAAAUUAGGGUUUUUUAGGGUUCAAAUUGUUUUAGGAUUUGGGGGGUUUUGUUGGAGGAGGAGGAGAGAGAAUGAAGAAGAAGAAGAAGAAGAAGAAGAAGAAGAAGAGGAAUUAGGGUUUUAGUUGAAGGUUUUGCUGUUGUAAUUGGAAUGGCUUUCCCAGAAGUUUAAUUCUAUGAAAAUAUUUAUUCCAAUUCUCGUUCUAUUUGUCAAUAAUCCCAAUUGAUCUUAAUUUGUGUUUCAUAUCCCAUCAUGACAUUUUAAGGCAUAGAAUUGGGUUGAGCUGAGUUUGCAUUGUAUUCCUGCUAGGGUUGGUGAUGGGUCAUUUUACAAAUUCUCUCGACUUAUGCAUAACAUUUUUCUGGGCAAUGGUAUUCUCCUAGACUUGAACAGGGGUUCGACUUCUCCCCCUUGGCAGCAACUUUCCGUUUUUGCUGCACUUUCCUACUGUUGGAUGGCCAAUACCACUCCCAUCUGAAUCAGUUUUCUGAUACUUGGUUUGUUGCCUGUAAAAAGAAAAAAGCAUGUUGGAUGAAGUCGGGUCAAUUAUGCAAGCAAACUUGAAGCAAGUUAUCUCCUACAACAUGGGGUUAGAUGGUUUUUGUUAAUGUUUGUUAAUAUAUAUUGAAGUCAAAGUUCACGUUGAAGUACUGGUUUUCAUGGUGUGCUGUUCAAUUAGAUUUUCGGAACCGAUGCUUCCGUCUGAUAAUAAAAUCAAAGUGAUCCAUCAUAUUGAAACCCUAA